GCCACCACGAAGAAAUGGUGGAUGUUAAAUCUUCCCAAAAGUUUGUAAACAUUUUACCUGCCAACGUGUUUAUGAGAUGAUAUUCAGAUAUUUAAAGUAACGUCAAUUUCAGCAAAGAGCGGUGUCUUGUCACUUCAAUAGUUUUGGAAAAGGUUGAUAGACAUGGAGCAACAUGCUGAGAAAUAAGGUUCUGAGCCGCAGCGAGGAGCUAAAGCUGAAGAAGGAGUUAGGGGUGCUACGCAAUGAGUCCCAGUGUGAAUUCCUACAAAUGAAGCAGCUGUUUUUCAACUCCCACACAACCACCAGCACACAGGCCCAACCACCAGACUCUCUCCACACACUGGAGUCAUCAGGACUGAUGGAAGAGGCUACAGAGGGACCCUGUGGCACAUCGGACACACCCCAAAAUAAGACCUCACAGAUGUCUGCAGGGUCAGUCAGCCUGUUGGAGUUCCAUGCAGAUCUGCUACAAUCACCACCUGCCUCCUUACCACAAAGUGCACUCCUACUAGACAUCCAUAAAACAAAGUCUGAGGUGAGCAGGAGUCAAGGAACCACACGUAUCAAAGGAAUCAGUGAAGGGAGAAAUUCAGUUAAUUUGAUCCUGUCUUCUCCAGGCCAGAAACCUUCCCAGAAGCCGGCCAUAGCUCAGCUAGCAGGGACGACCAAAGUGGUGUCCAUGUCCAUGAGGCCACAGCCUCCCUCUAAGCCCAGGUCAGAGAGGCCAGCAACAGGGACCAGGAUGUUUAUAUACAAGAGCAAGAAGCAGUCAGAGCAGGUGUCGGAGAAGGAAGCGGCGGAGAGGCGCAUCCGGAGAUCCAACUUCUUCAGCAGAUGUCGGGCUCUGAGCUCGGAGAACACCGACGACAGCAGGAACAGUGAGGACUCGGGCUCCGAGCAAUCCCACGGGAAAGCCCCACAGAAGGUCAAGAAAAAGAAAAGGAGGAAACAGAAAGAUAGGUCUACGCAUGCACCAAGGACACCCACUGACGACAGAAGCUCAAAGAGCCAGAGGAGUACCAUGGCCCCUAACAGUAUCCACAGUGUCAAGUCCACCACAGAGCUGCUGGAGGAGGCACGGGGCAUUGUAGGGGCCGAGGUUGCAGAGAGCCAGGAGGACGCAGACCCCCAGCAGAGACACCCAGAGGAGUCAGUGGCCAUGACUAUGGGGCUUGUCAGAGGCAGAGGGAGGACGGUGGAUGAGAUCAUUGCCUCCUUACAGAGAGGGGACAGUGAUAUGCCAUCUGCCUCGGACCAGAUGAUCAAGGAGCUAAUGGAAAGAGUGCUGGGGGACAGCUACAAUGCUGACAACGAGGGUACUCCUCAGAGGUCCCCGGUUCCACAGAAGAUGUUGUGGGUUAAGAGGGAGACACCUACCCCUCCAAGCCCUGCUGAGUCCCCUAAAGUCACAUCGGGGGUCUACAAGAUCGCUCACUCACUGUCUGAACGCGAGACAGACGGCGAUGACUCUAUGGUCUCUGCUCUUCCACAGAAGGUGACUUAUGCAGAUGUAAUGACAGCUCGAGGAGAUGCCAUAGCUCCUUCUCAGAGACCAGCGAGGGUGUCUUUACAAAACAAAACCAUCCAAGGCCUCUCCCCUCUAGCAACAUGGGCCCCCAAAGCACAUGCAGAUGGGUACAAGACCAUUCACCACCUCUGUACAAUCCCAGUCAGCCAGGCCCUGCCUCUGGAGCUGCAGCUGGCUUCCCGGGUCUGUCACACCUCUAGCCAACUCAGUGCACCACCACAGUUUCACCAACAGAGGGCAGCACUACAACACAUCGCUGCCCAGCCUGACAGACACAGGAUAGUAAAUGAAGGUGUGCCCUGCGUGGAGGCGACUGAGUCUGAUGGAAAGGACUGUGUGAGUCACCUGCCUCCCCAGACUUCAGCCAGCUUGGCUGACUGGCAGAGGAUCGCUGAGUUUUACGUAGAGAAGCCCAGGAUGAUGCUUCAUGGACAGGCGACCUCUCUGUGUUCCAACGAGCUGAAGAUGUUCUGGCACCCAGCGCCUCCUAAGUUCAGCUGCUCUCCUGCAUUCGUCAAACACAAACUCUUUCCCAAGUACCAGGCAACGCAGAACGAUCUAUCCAGAGAGGAGCUCUAUGGUGAUCUGCAGGACCUGGUGGAAUCAGCCUGUGACCUGACAGAGAUGGAGCCAUCCACCUCAGUGGAAAAUGUGCUGUCCAGAAAGUUCAAGUCUACGAUAGACCUCAGAGUAACUGAGCAGUCACUUCAACCCUCCAUUGACAAAGAACAGUUGAAGAGGCCCUUCUCUGCCCCACACCUCAACCCUGAGCCAGAGGCCUUCCUCAAGGUAUCAUGUGACUUUGCCACCGUCACCAGAGAGCUGGAGGUGGUUCGGCAGCAGCUGUUCUCCACUGUGCUGGCUGAGGAGAUCCAACCCCAGGUUACUCCCAUUGUCCAGCAAGAGGCCGACCACCAAGAGCCCGCAGCAGGCCCCAACACAGAGGAGCUUACCCCAGCCCUCAGCCAGAGUCAACUCCAGUACAGGAGGGACCGAGGCAGGGUGAUGAUGGGGGAAACAGUCAGGAGAGGCAGCAUAUCCCACUCCAAGAAGAAGGUCGCCAAGGGUGGGAAGAAGCUGUGCCCUGCCAAGCUGGCCUACAUCCAUGAAAAACUGCAGGAGCCACCACGUACUCUCAUCAGGAGUGAGUCUGUGUGCCAGCUACUACCCAUCAAACCCACCACAUGCCUUUCAGAGGAGCCUCCCCUCCCUCUCCCCUUGCCCCGCUACCCGAGCCUACCCCUGUUGCUGGACUUUGAGAGCUUUGCCACUGACCAGGGUGGCAUCCCCGACGUGCUCCCUCCCCGGGAGUGGGUGAGGGAUAUCUGGGAUGCCUGGUUUGACCAGCUCUUCCCCCCACUGGAGGAGAGCAGCAGCACCAAGAAAGAGUCAGACUCCUCUAAGAGGGCCCCCAGCAGCAGCCUCCAGAGCGGGGCCCUGAAGAAGCCUGGGGAGAAGGUCCUGAUGCUGGAUGAGAUACAGCCUCUGGACUGGGUGGACCUGUCUCUGACCCUGGACCAGGGCCUGACCACAGGGGACCUGGAGGGAGAGGUGGCCAAGUUGUCCCAGGCUAUUGUCCAGCAGGACAGACCCAGCGCCUUUGACCUGUGUCGCAGGGGGGCGCUGCAGAAGAAACUGGGCCGGCUUAACCAGGCUCUGGAGGAUCUCAAUGGCGCCAUUUCCCUAGAGCCCUACCUGCUGGAUGCUUACUGGCACAGGCACAGCAUUUAUCUGCUCAGAAACAACCAGAAUAGUGCUUUGGAUGACCUGAACUUUAUCAUCAAGCACACCAAGAAACAUGCAGAUGCCUUCAAGUCCAAAGCAGAAAUCUACAGAGUGAGAGGAGAGACCACCCUGGCUAUUAUAAACUACACUCAGGCCAUCAAAUGCAGACCUGAAGACGAUGACAACUAUUUCAAGAGGGCUGAGAUGUACGAGAAGAGGAAUGAGAUUCUACUGGCCAUGGAGGACUAUGCCAAAACGUUUUCCAUCAACCCAGGGAGAACGGAUGCUCUGUUGACCCACGGCCUGCAGUACUUCCACAGCUGUAACUGGAUGGUGGCUCUGUCUGACUUUACUCUGCUGCUCCAGCGUGAUCCCAGCCAUGCCAUCGCCAGGACGUACAGGGGCAGGAUCUAUGCUAAGGUGGGUCAGUACCAGGAAGCCAUCGAGGACUUCUCCCUGGCAGUUCACCUGGACCCCAAUGACUGGCUGGCCUUCUACCACCGAGGCUGUCUGCUCAGGAAGAGGAUGCCUGAUAUUGCCCUCCAAGACCUCAGCACCUCAGUACUCAUUAAUGAUAGCCAAGAGAACCUGAGUGCCUUCCUGCACAGGGGCCUGCUCUAUACGGAGCGCCGGCAGUGGCAACAAGCCGUGUUCGACUUUGAAGCUGUGAUCAAACUUGACAGGUCUGUAGCACUGGCCCAUGUGAACCUGGGCUUGAUCUUCAUGUUGAAUAUGGGCCAGAACUAUGAAGCCAUCCGAAUGUUCAGCAACGCUUUGAGGGUGGACCCCACCUACAUCAGAGGAUACAUCUGCCGGGCCCAAGCCUAUCGUAAUGUCAAUGAUCUGAAGAGAGCGCUGAAAGAUCUGACACGAGCCACACAUAUGAAGCCAGACGCUCAACAAUUGUAUAUCAUGAGGGGCCAGUAUUUGUGUGACAUGGAACAGUUUGACCUGGCCACGUUCUGUAUCCAGUACGCUGCAGAGAUGAACAAAGCACUAGGGUCAUCUCCCAUCCAGCAGGCUGCUGUCCAGUCUUUCCUGGGGAAUGAUGCCAAAGCCAUUGCCUGUCUGGAGGCAGCCACCAACAACCGACCUUCACCUCCCAUCCUCAUUCUCCUGGGCAAGACACAGAUGAAGGCACGCAAGUUCAUGGAGGCAGUAGAGAGCUUCAGGAAAGCCCUGAUUCUACUGAGCCCCAACGAAACCAACCUGUACAACGUCUCUGAAGCUGCAGAGGUCUUCUAUCUGACUGGACUCUGCUACAUGGCACUGGCUCUCCUGUUGCAGGCUUUUGAUGCGUUCAGCAACGCAGUGAAGAUGAACCCUGACUAUGCAGAUGCGUACCACCAGCGUGGGCUCUGUCGUAUGCGCCUGCAGCAGUCCAAGAGUGUUCAGGACUUCAACAGAGCCCUCUUCAUCAACCCCAACCUGUUCCAGGUGUAUCUGAGCCGUGCAGCCUUCUAUGGCGCUAAAGGGCGCUAUUCAAAGGCCAUCCUGAACUGCAACGAAGCCAUUAAGAUCCAGCCCAAGAGUGUCAGGGUCUACCUGUAUAGAGGAGCACUUAAAUUCUACCUGAAGGUGUACAAAGGGGCCGUGGAGGACCUGACCAUGGCCCUGAGGAUAGACAAAACCUGCUCAUUUGCACACUACAACCGUGGAGUGUGUUAUCAGCAACUCAAGGAAUAUGAAUUGGCUCUUAGAGACUAUGGGAUUGUCCUCCUCCUUCCCAGCAAGAAGGAGAUUGACCUGAAGGUCUUGAUCAAUCGUGCCCUUCUCUACGUGGAGCUGAGUGACCAUCACAAUGCCUUACAGGAUUUCAAAGAUGCCUCCUUGAGAAGUCCAGAGGACGCCACCAUCUAUCAUGCCCUAGGAGUCUACCAUCACAGGCUGGGUCAGCUCCGGGAGUCAGUAGAAGCCUACAGCCAGGCCAUGCAGAUCAGCCCGUUCUUCCUAGAUGCCUACGUGGGGCGGGGCAACGCCUGCAUGGACUACGGCCACGCCCAGGCUACCAAACAGGCUCAGAGGGACUUCCUUUCCGCCCUGCACCUCAACCCCCUCUGCUCCAACGCACGCAUCUGCCUGGCCUACAACUUCCAGGUUUUCGGUUGCUUCCAAAGAGCCUGGAACCAGUUCACAGUGGCAGCAGAGAUUGACUCCAAAUGCUGGAAGGCAUUUGAGGGGAGAGCUGUCAUCAACCUGCAGAUGGGAAACACUUAUGCUGCUUUCCAAGACAUUAACAUGGCUCUGAAGCACCAUCCUGUGUCAGAUCAGCUGCUGACUAACCGAGGGGUGAUCAACCAGUUCAUGGGGGACAAAGCCAAUGCCAUGAAAGACUACCAGAGAGCCAUCUCACUCAACCCCAAGUACGCCCUGGCCUUCUUCAACGCUGCUAACCUCUACUUCUACAACAGGCAGUUUGAACAGGCAUGUGAGCACUACAGUCGAGCAUUUGAGCUGGACCCAGCGGAUGAGUCUGCGGUGCUGAACCGGGCCAUCACCAGGGCUCUGCUGAGGAAGGUUCCAGAGGCCCUCGAGGACUUCUCUGAGGCCCUGAGACUCAACCCUUAUUCCUCACACGUGUUCUUCAACCGAGCCAAUCUCUACAGCUCCCUGCGCCAGUACAGGAAUGCAGAGAAGGACCUCAGUCAAGCUCUUCUCCUCCAGCCCAACGAUGCCCUGGUCUACAAGCUCCGUGCUGAUGUCAGAGGCCACCUGGGCUUGACUGACCAAGCGAUGCAGGACUAUAAAACAGCAGUGGAGCUCCAAGAGGCACUGGAGGGCUGAGAUGAGCCAACCCCAUAUUAGCGAUACUAUACCAUCUGUUUCCUUAUGAUGCUACUCUACAGGUUCAGACCUACUGGUCAUGGUUAUGGUUGACUGAGGAAACAGAUGCUGUUCAUCAAAAUGUAUACUUUGUGAUAUAUUGGGCAUCAGAAUCUUCAAUAUUUGUUAUAUUUGUUGUUAUAUGUUUAAUAAAACUUCCAUGACAUUCA